AUGGAUCCUAAAAGUUUAAUUGAUGAUUUAAACGAUAUCUUAUUGAGCGAAUACUACUGUUUUAUUGAAAUUUUAGGGAGAGGAAGUUUUGGAAUUGUAAUUGCUGCCUAUAGUUCAAACUUAGAUAAAAUAGUAGCAAUAAAAGUUACUGAAUACUUUGAAUAGGAGAUGGAGUUAUGUCUCUUAUAGGAGUGUUUUCAUCCAAAUAUAGUGAAAUUAUAUAGAGUUUUCAAGGCGGACAACUACAUUUAUUUGAUAAAGGAGAAACUGGUUGGUUAGACUCUAGAUGUGAUAUUGAGGGAAAGAAGUAUAGAAGAAAUUGAAGUUAGAAACAUAAUGUAAUAAAUGCUAAAUGCGUUAGUAUUUCUUCAUCGUAAAGGAAUCAUUCAUAGAGACUUAAAACCAGAAAAUAUAUUUAUUUGUGCUAAUAACUUAGUGAAAUUGAUUGAUUUAUGA